ACGACGCCACAUGAUUACGGCCGGGGAUUACGGAUUGGGAGUCAAAGUUGGGAAAGAGAGCUUUUUUGGCGCGGCGCCAGCUAGCGUCAAAUAUAUGCCAAGCGCCAAAAUAGACUAGACUGAGAGCUUUCCUGAUAGUGUUCGAUUGAUUUCUUACGUUCUGAUGCAGUAAAGUGGUAUCUUUGUGGAUAGAAGUACUCGGGAAGCCAUCUGGAGAUGGUGAUGUUACCUAACCCUAGGCAUGCUAUCCUGUUGCUCCUGGCAACCACCGUCAUGGCAACAGCAGAUGAGAAUGAGGAGAGAAGAAAGCCCAACAUCAUUGUCUUUCUUAUGGACGAUGUUGGUAUGGGAGAUAUUGGUUGCUUUGGAAACACCACCAUAAACACCCCGAACAUUGAUCAGCUGGCCAAAGAGGGCGCCAAACUGACGCAGCAUAUUGCUCAUCCCAUCUGCACACCUAGCCGAGCUGCUCUCAUGACGGGCAGAUACGCCAUAAGAAGUGGUAUGACAUCUUUUCACCUCAUGAGAGUGAUCUCGUUCAUCAGUGCUCCGGCAGGACUUCCCUCCAAUGAAACAACCAUUGCAGAAGUAGCCAAAGAUGUUGGAUACUCUACAGCCCUCAUUGGAAAGUGGCAUCUUGGAUUCAUGUGCGAGAAAGAGAAUGAAUGUUCAGACCCAAAUAGCCAGGGUUUUGAUUACUUCUAUGGUCUGCCCCUCACCAAUCUCCUGGACUGUGGCCACGGAACAGUCUUUCAAGCAUGGAGGAGAAAUUUCUACACAGAGGUAGCUGUCACUAUGGUCGUUCUUGUCCUUGCAACAUUCAUUCUCUUCAUGUACAGCAUGGUGAGAUGGAGGACGUUGGUCGCUGUUGCAGUUGCUAGCACAGCGUUCUACCUGUUCUGUCUCAUCAUGCCCAGAUUGAUCGCUGUGAUGAACUGCGUGGUGGUCGAGAACCACGACGUGGUAGAACAGCCGCUGUCGUACACCAACCUCACCCAGCGCCACACGCAGCAUGCACUGGACUUCCUGGAGGAGCAUAAGAACGAGCCGUUCCUGUUGGUGAUGUCUUUCCUGCAGGCGCACACCGAGCUCUAUGCCGAGCCUCACUUCCACGCCAGCAGUCAACAUGGGGUUUACGGAGCGGCGGUGGAGGAGUUGGAUUGGAGCGUUGGCGAGAUCAUGGGCGCACUGCAUCGGAUGGGGGUUGCUGAUGAUACCUUCAUCUACCUCACCUCAGAUAAUGGGGCUCACAUGGAAGAAUUCUCUCUCAGUGGAAAGAAAGAGGGUGGCUCGAAUGGAAUUUAUAAAGGUGGAAAAGCCAACUGCUUUGAGGGAGGAAUCCGGGUUCCUACCAUCGUGCGCUACCCCGGGAUCGUCCCUCCAGAAUCUGAGGUCUCCGAACCCACCAGCAUAGUGGACCUUCUACCGACCGUAGUCGGCCUGACCGGGGGCAAGAUGCCAAGGGAUCGUGUCAUUGACGGGAAGGACAUGAUGCCGUUGCUGCAGGGGGAGCUAGGGAUCUCACCCCAUGAGUUCAUGUUCAUGUACUGCGGAGGAUACAUCCAUGGGGCACGAUACAGACCAAGGAAAGGCAACCGAAUAUAUAAGAUCGUGUACACAACUGCAAACCUGGUAGAAGGGCCGCACGGAACCAUGGGUUGCUUCGAUUCAUAUCCCUGCCGAUGUGAGGGCCCGACCACAGUCAACCAUGACCCGCCUCUGGUCUACGAGCUCCGAUCGGACCCCUCCGAGACCACCCCCCUUGACCCUACCACACCCAACAUCCAGGAGAUCAUCACAAGAGCCGGAGCAGCUGUCGCAGAGCAUCAAGCAUCCAUCGCACCCACGCCGUAUCAGUUUGCCUUCACAAGGCUGCUACCGAGGUUUGGGGAUCAACCCUGCUGCGGGACUUUCCCAUUCUGCAGCUGCACUGAAGAUCAUUCUACCGGGUUCUCCUAUGAGGAUGCCAAGCCUGAUAAGGCACAUAAAGACUGGAUGAGGGCAGAUACUUCUAAGGCUAGCUGAGGUUUGGUUCAAGCACAAAGGUAAAGAUAAAACAUUCUAGAGCUAUUCUCUCGAGUACUAUUAUUACUAUUUUAGUUACAAAUAUGUAUUUAAUGUUAAUUAACCCUCGUGUGAAAUUACUUCCCAAACCAAGCUGAAUGUGAUGAAUGAAUGUACAGUGAUGUGUAUUACUGCAAAUGUACUACUCUUUUUCAUGGAAAACAAUGUUUUUGAAUUAUCCGUCCUGUGUUUGUUCAUACGAUAACUGAACUGGAAUUCGACAGAUCAACUUUAAAAUUUGUCUGUAUGCAUAUAGGAGUGAUGAUAAUCUGAGCAGCUAUAGGAUAUCAAGGUGAAAGGUUAUGGAGGUCAUAUAUCUAAAAAAUACUGUUCUUCCUGUGAUUUAAGAAAUAUUUCAAGAACUCACUUCAAACUUGGCUUCUUAUCUGAUUAGAAUUUUGGUUGAUGAGUUCAAAGGUCAAAAGUCACAGAUUGUUUUAUACCUGAAAAUAACUUCUUGUGAAGAAAUGGGGUAGCAGUCACUUCAAAACUACUCUAGGCGGAUGUAUGCAAGUAAGGGUGAUCUGAUUAGAUUUUGAGGUCAAAGGUAAUAAAGGACUUGAGAGGUUAUUAUUUGGAAAUGUAAUAUAUUUCCGAUCUCGCAUAUUGAAAAUUCAUUUGGUAAAUUCAUUUGAUGUGUGUUUUGUGUGAAAAUGAAGUACAACAUUUUGUACAUUUGUUUAAGUUGGCGAUAUCUAAUCUAUACAACUUAAUGUUUUCAUCUUUGAUUCGUGUUUGCAGUGGCAGCUGUUUGAAUUUGGACCUUUGAAUAAUCUAUGAAUUCAUUUAUUUCAGGAUCUUCAUUUACUUGUAGAAUAUUAUUAAAAAUUAUUAUUACUUAUGUUGGAUGCUUGCUAAAAAUGCUGGGUUGAAACUAAGCAUACCAUAUAUUUGCUAAGAUGAUGUGAUACUUCAAAUGUUUGAUUUUUUUUUUAAUGUAGCAUGUACAUCAUUGUUACCAUUGAUUUUUUUGUACAGAUUUUUUUUUGUCUGUACCAUCAUUGGCAUACACCAAAAAGGUUUUUUUUUUUAAGAGGGUUACUUUCACAACUUCCUGCGUAAAUCUGCGUCUGCAACAUCGGUUAAGCUUUAACAUGGAAGGGAAUGGGGAUUUUCCAGGGCCGUUUUCAGCAUUGGGGGUGGGGGAAAUCACCCUGAGCCCCAUCUAAUUUCGUCCCUGGACAUAGUUUUCCAUAUUUCAGACAAAAUGGUUGGUACAGAAUCCUUACAGAAGUCAGUUCAAGAAAUUGAACAAUAUUGGAGAGAUCUCAUUUUCAAGAUUAAUUCCUCUUUACUCAGGUAUUUGAUGUAUUGGACAUAUUGGUAUUUUUCUGCAAUUGUUGACAUCUCUAGACAUUUUCCUGAUGCUGCAUAUUUUGUGAAAGAUGACCCUGCCAUAUUUAAGAAUUGAAAGCGAAAAUAAUUACGGUAGGAUUGAUACAAUAGGCGAAAAUGAUCUAUUAGAGUUUCCCAUUCUCAUUUGAAAGUGGGGUAUAGUUUUUGGUGUUUGAUAGUCUAUCAUAGAUAGAGUUAGAGUGCCAUCAUUACUGACAAUAUGAAUUUUUAAGGGAGAAUAAUUGCAGGUUGAAACCAAGCGUUUCCUUACACACAAAAAAUGUAUUCGAUCUUCCAAGUUUCAGCCAUGUUGAACAAUUGCAUGACCAGUACCAUAUGGGCACUAGUAUUCAACCCGGCAUAAUUCAAAGAUUUGGACAAAUUCCCCCAAAUAUUUAGAAAUAGGGAAUUUAUCUUAAUUUCAUACCUUUGUUAUUUCCAGGGUAAUCUGUUGUCGGUAUUUUCUUUAUCAAUCUGUCGACUGUAUGCACGGAGGAUCGAAUUAUGCGGCGAUGACCUUUUGCACUGAAAUGCACUAGUAUUCAACCUAGUGAUGAUAGACAGCGAAUUUAAAAAUUGUUUAGAUUGCUAAAUUAGAUCUAGAUCUAUGUAAGUCUCUGGCUUUGACUAAUUCCCUGUUUGGUCUCAUCUCAAAUGGUCUAGUCCUUAGUCGGAUGGGACAAGGGCAGAUUGAGAGACAGGGCCAUCUUUCGUUGCUAAGAUGAAUAAUAGUGCCGACGGGUUGAAUACUAGUGCCAAAAACCAUCGCCGUAUAAUUCGAUCGCCCGCGCACACAGUCGACUGGUUGAAGAAAAAAAUAACGCAAAAAGAAUAACCAGCAUUUGCUCUUGGAAAUAACACAGGUCUGAAAUUAAGGUAGAUUCCAUAUUUCUAUAUAUUUGAGGAAACUCUCCAAACGGGUUGAAUACCAGUGCCCUUACGGUACUUAUCUUCAAUGAAUAGUAAAUACUUGACUAUAGUGAAGGGGUCCAUCGUCCUUGGAGCAAGUCCGCAGAUCACAUGAUUAUUGGUUGUGUGAUCCUUAUUUAUAGCGCAAACAAAGAAAAACAAAAAGAAUAUGUCAAAAGUGUAAAUGGACAUCAAUUAUAUGAAUUCAUACUUCGUACAUUUACUUAUAUUAUGAAGAUUGCUAUUAAAAGGAGCUUGUUUUGUUAUAAAGGCAUGUAGUUUCUACUAAAGUAUGCAGUAAAUACAUGAUUUUUCAUUAACCCUCGUAAAUUUACAUUGACAACAGUUACAUGUAUAGUUGAUGGGGCUAAUUUACCCAUUUAUGGGACACAUACAUCAUGGAGACAUACUAGCCCCUCUUGAACCCUGUUACACGAAGUGAUACAAUUAAAGUUUAAAUUGGUUGUAACUUUCGUGUAUGGGUUUUUCAUAGUUUCUGGCAAAGAUACACACAAUUAUCCAGGAUAGGACUAAAUGUGGGUCAUUAAUGAGUUUGAUUUUUGUCAUAUGACAUAUAUUAUGAUUUGGGGAUAGGAAGAGUUUAUUAUCAAAAGGAUGUGGCAUUGUAAUUAUGUAGACAAAAUUGUUUCAUAAGUAAUUUUUUUGCAUUGUUUUGUGACAUGAUUUAAAAUCAAGUUUACAUUACACUGCUAAUUAAAAGAGCCUAAUAUUGA